AUGGCGAACGCCACUCGCAGAAUCCUCUUUCUUGCGUGUGUGAUCUUGCAUCAUCCCGAUGCGGCGGAUGCAGGCAGCUCGGGAUCUGCCGCGGCUGCUGCCGUCUGGCAGCGUCUGACAGAAUUGGUGCAACGGCCAGCCGAAGCCCAGGACGAGGCCAUCUACUGGAGCCAAGCUCUGACGACACUGCACUCGGAACAUCCUCACCCUGAUGUGUCUGGCGUUCUUGCCUGGUUGUACCUCUUCGGCCUGCCGUCUACAACGCAGCCGUUGGUGCAGCGGGAUGUAAACGCUGCAAUUAGAAUUGCACGUGAGGGAAUCCAUCAUACACCCCCUUGUGCGCGGUGCUACGCCCUUCUGGGGCUCCUCCUCGGUGUGGGAUACCCUCCGCUUGUUGGAGCUGCGCACCUGGCUCAAGAUGGAAUUGGUGAGCCAAGGCUGCUUAUCCUUGGAGAUGUUCUUGCACAGGAGCCUGCGACAGCAGACGCUGCACGGUUGCCACGUGACAUUGGCCCACCGGACCCUUCUGCCGCAGCGUAUGCCCUUUCUUAUGCUGGAGGCGACCCACUUGGCAUGCUUGCCGUCGCAUACUUGAAUCGCACACGCAUGAUUAACUUGACCAAGAUGACGGCACCUGGCCCCAAUCAAGCAUCUUCCCUCGUGUCGCGAAUGCCGAAGACUGUGGACAAAGCCAGCUGCGACGAGACCUUGGUGAAUUCUCUAGGGAAUCUGGCAGCCUCAACUAUUGACGAGAUUCAAUCUGGGUCAUGGGGUCCCGUCCCCGAUCCGCUCUCUCAAGGACUUUCCCAACAGAGAGCAGACAAAGCCUUCCUUGAGCACAUCCUGGCAGAUACCUCGAGGUCGUCGGCAUCUGAUCUGGCCAAGGCCUCUAGCAUGUUGGAAACCGGUGGCUUUCGAUCGGAGGAGCUGCCUGCAGUGGCCCGCAAAGCUGCCAACGUAAGUCAGCUUCGGUCUUUGGCAGCUUCGAAGGGUGAUCGGAAGUCAGCUCUCUGGCUGGCUGUGGAGCACUUGCAGGAGAAUGACACGCAGAAAGCUAAACCACUGCUUGACAUGGUGGUGACCAAAGCCGCACAGGAUGCCGAUCACGACGCAGAUGCUGAGAUGGCCAAGUAUUAUUUGGCCCGGUUUGCCUCGCCUAAUUCGUCCGAUGUCGCAAUUGCCAGACGAGAUGCUUGGCCGCACCUAGUGCAGGCCGCAGAUCUGGGGAGAGAGGAUGCGAAAUUGCUGGUUGCUCAUGCGUUCGUGGAUGGAUCCGAUGACUUGCAGACUCCAGAAGGAUCGUCAAGCAACACGGAGGCUAUUCGACGCUACAAGCAGCUUUUGCCAGAAGCCUCUGGCAAAUCUGACAAGCCCAAUGUAACAUUCCCGGCGUCAUCAGCACCAAGUCGCCGCAAUGGCGCUUUGAAUCCAGUGCAGGCGUUUGCAGCCUACAAUUUGGGAGUGCUGUCCCUCAAAGACUCGGAGGGUGGAUCAUCUGCAUCGCCGGUGCCUUCGGAGCUUCCGAGUGCGAGCGGCGGAAUAUGUUCUCCUGAAGUGCAAGGGUCCUUCUUGGAAGUUGUGCUCUCCCAGUCGGGCAUCGUUCGGCUAAUCAUAGCCUUGGGGCGGCGCUCGGCUAGACUUGGCGAUGAAAUUGGCGCCCUCCUGUUGGCCAUGCUCUUAAGCGACAUCGGCCACGAUCUUGGUCAUGCCGAUGCAGCCUUCUUGUGGGACAAAUGGGCGGCACAUCAACCUCCACACCUAGUGCUGAUCAGCGACGUGCAGACCCAUGACAACAAGCAGGCCCAUCAUCCUUGUAACCUUCGCGGUUGGUGGACAACAUCUUCACCGGACCUGGUUUCCAGAAAUGUGAGCCUGGUUUAUGCGGCAGAUGUGAUGGGAGGUGGAACUGAGAUGUUCAAUGCCAGUCUGGCUGACAGCCACUUGCUUCAUGGGCUUGAAGCGACAGAUAUCGUCCAGCCAAUUCCAGAAAGGACAGAGUUCCGGCAUUUGUAUUCGUUCCUGUGGCACACCAGCUACGAUGCCUUUCCUGCUGGUGCACCCGUGCCUGUCGCACUGCAACCUCCUGGGGCGGUGCCACACCUCCUGGAGUUCCACCAUCAACGUGGCAAGCUCCUGAUGGACAAGUCGUGCAACACAGCUGUCGUUGAAGGCAUGUACGUCAACUGGACUUUUCAUCGCCUUGAUGCUGAACCGGCACCAGAGGUAGAUGUCCCGGAGGUGGAGGCCAAUCGACAGGAGCCACUCUCGAAUCCUGUGCUGGUUUCCACACGCGAUUUCUUGCAUUGCUGGGUGCGGCCCGAAUGGUACCAUCGAAGCCUGCAAGCCAAUGUGGCCGCUCAGAAGACGCAGGCUUCGCCAGGCACUUGGGAGGAGCUUCUCUCCUUGACCGUAAGCGCUGACUGUCCAUGCUACGGUGGAUUUGGUUGCCGACGAGGUGAUGGGGCCUGUGAGGAUCUCGCGAGACAGUGGGCUGGUGCUGGCGAGGAGCAUUCUGCUUGCCGUCCGGGAUCUUUCCUCUGCCGCGAGGUGCCACCAGAAUUGGAACCUGCGCGGCCGAUAUUCGCCGCUGCACCCGACACUUGUGCCUUCUACUUCCAUCGGAGGGCGGCUUACGAUGGCAAGGUUGAUGCCAUGCAUGUCCUGUCGCAUGCCUACAGCAGCGGCUACCGUGGAGCCCCCAAAGAUGGUGCACAGGCGUUCUACUGGAGCCAGCAGGCCAUGGCAACUGGUGACCUGCGAGGGCGCUUCGAUGUGGCCUAUUCUAUGGAAAAUGGCUUUGGCACCGAGAAAGACCCCGACCGCGCCUACGAGCUCUAUCAGGAGAUCCUGACCGCUCAGGGCCUCGGCAAGGGCGAGGACCUCGCAGCGCGCGCUGCCUCCUUCCUGGCCUUGCUGGCAGCCUCUGGCCGUGCCUGGGCCGGACGAUUCUUCCGAGCAGGCUAA